AUUCGGUUGAGCCAAUCUGUUUCGUUCAACACCGGUGGUUCAAAUGCCUUUGACACAGCCACAAAUAAAUGCUAUUAUCACACCAACUUCCUUGAUGAGGAAGAAGACCCAGAAGUAGAGACUUCCACAGAGAUGGGUACUGCUGAAAAUUGUGCCCAAAGUAAAGGUCCAAAAUGGUGGUUUAAUCUCCAAGGUGGAGGUUUAUUCUGCUCUGCCUUGCUUUCUCAACUGUCCAGUUCAUGA